AGCGUCUGGUGGCGACGAGUUACAUUUUAAUCGACAUAACCUGGACUGAACAAUCGUAUCGCAACAUGUCUACUGCCGCAAAGAAAACCGUUCAGAAGCGGGCGCCUGCAGCGCAUCCAUCCUACAAGGAAAUGGCAAUGGCCGCCGUGAAAGCUACUCACACUAAAAAUGGAUCCUCGCGAGCCGCCAUAAAGAAAUACGUCGAAGCAAAUUACAGUGUGAAAUCAAAUCAAGCGAAAAUCCACCUUAAGAGGGCCCUCAAAAGUCUGGUCGACGAAGACGCGCUUAAAACGGAUUUGCCAAAAGCACCCAGAAGCUACAGACUUACCAUAAAGGAACCGCCAAAGAAAAAUAAGACUGCGUCGGCACAGAAGAAAAAGCCAGCAGCCAAGAAACCGAAGACUACACCCGUGAAGAAGGCAGCCGCAAAGAAGCCCAAGGCCAAGAAAACCGCUACUGGAACUAAAAAGGCCACCGUAAAGAAGGUUGCGAAGAAGCCCGCCGCAAAGAAGGCGACAAAAAAGACUCCCAAGAAGUCGGCCCCCAAAUAGAAGA